UAUCUCUCUCUUUCUUCUUUCUCGUACGCUUUCCGCCGGUGGUGCGUUUCCAUUUGGAACGAAUAUCUUUUUUUACACAAAAUGGCAAUCGGAGACGUUAAAACUGCUCAGGGUCUUAGUGAUCUGAACAAAUAUUUGGCCGAGAGGAGUUAUCUUUCAGGUUUCGUGCCAUCUCAAGCCGAUGUUCAAGUAUUCGAGCAAGUAGGCAAAGCACCUGCCGCCAGCUUACCACACGCCCUUCGCUGGUAUAACCAGAUUGCUUCAUACACACCCGCCGAACGCAAAGCUUGGCCCACAGGCGUCAGCCCGCUGGCAGCCGGCGGCAAACCAACAGCGGCUGCACCUCCGGCUAAGGACGAUGACGACGAUGAUGUUGACCUCUUUGGCUCCGGCGAUGAGGAAGAGGAUGCAGAGGCAGCCAGAAUUCGUGAGGAGCGCCUUAAAGCAUAUUCUGACAAAAAAGCCAAGAAACCAGCCCUUAUUGCGAAAUCCUCUAUAUUAUUGGAUGUCAAGCCUUGGGAUGAUGAGACAGACAUGAAAGAGAUGGAGAAACUAGUGCGUACUAUUGAAAUGGACGGCCUCUUAUGGGGUGCCUCCAAACUGGUCCCAGUAGGAUAUGGCAUCAAGAAACUUCAGAUCAUGUGCGUCAUUGAAGAUGACAAAGUUUCUGUUGACUUGCUCACAGAAAAAAUUCAAGAAUUUGAAGAUUUUGUCCAAUCUGUAGAUAUUGCUGCCUUCAACAAAAUCUAAAUGAAUGAAGCCAUAAUUUAUUAAGUUAAUAUUUUCAAUAAAAUCGCCUCUUUCUCA